GAUUUUUUAUUUUCUUUGCAGGGUACUCACAAAAGUAGCUCAGCAACAUUGUUUCCUUGCAUAGGAUGAAGCGUAAGUUUUCCGAGAAAAAAAUGGCUGCAAAAGGAGAAGGGCCGGCGAUUGGGAUCGAUCUCGGAACGACUUACUCAUGCGUGGGUGUUUGGCAGCACGAUCGUGUUGAGAUUAUCGCAAAUGAUCAAGGAAACAGGACGACGCCAUCUUAUGUUGCAUUCACUGAUACGCACCGUUUGAUCGGCGAUGGUGCGAAGAAUCAAGUUGCCGUAAACCCUAUCAACACUGUUUUCGAUGCUAAGCGUCUAAUCGGAAGAAGAUACUGCGACACCCUUGUUCAGAGUGACAUGAAGCUAUGGCCAUUCAAGGUCACACCUGGUCCAGACGACAAACCCAUGAUAGGAUUAACAUACAAGAAAAAAGAAAAACAAUUCGCCGCAGAAGAAAUCUCUUCAAUGGUCCUCGUAAAAAUGAAAGAAAUUGCAGAGGAUUACCUUGGCACCACCAUAAAAAACGCUGUCGUCACUGUUCCUGCCUACUUCAACGAUUCUCAGAGACGAGCCACCAAAGACGCCGGUGUCAUCGCCGGUCUCAACAUCAUGCGGAUAAUCAAUGAGCCAACUGCGGCCGCCAUCGCUUAUGGUCUCGACAACAAAGCCAGUAGCACCGGUGAGAAAAAAGUGCUCAUAUUCGAUCUCGGGGGUGGAACAUUCGACGUUUCUCUAUUAUCCAUCGAAGAGGGUAAAAUUGAGGUUAUAGCUACGGGUGGGGAUACACAUUUGGGGGGUGAGGACUUUGAUAAUAGAAUGGUGAACCAUUUCGUUCAGGAAUUCAAGAGGAAGCUUAAAAAGGAUAUUAGUGGGAACCCUAGAGCUUUAAGGAGGUUGAGGACUUGUUGUGAAAGAGCAAAGAGGACUCUUUCCUCGACACCUGAAACUACGAUCGAGAUCGAUGCAUUAUACGAGGGGAUUGAUUUUUGCGCAACGGUUACUCGGGCCAAGUUCGAGGAGCUGAACAUCGAGUUGUUUAGGAAAUGUAUGGAGCCAGUGGAGGAUUGUUUGAGGGAUGCAAAAAUAGACAAGAGCAAUGUCGACGAACUCAUUCUUGUUGGUGGAUCAACUAGGAUUCCCAAAGUCCGGCAACUGUUGCAGGAUUUCUUCAAUGGGAAGGAGCUUUGCAAAAGCAUUAACCCUGAUGAGGCUGUGGCUUAUGGUGCUACAGUUCAAGCCGCGAUUUUGAGUGGUGAGCGAAAUGAGAAGGUUCGGGAUUUAGUACUGCUGUUAGAUGUCACUCCGCUGUCCCUUGGUUUGGAAGAGGUUGGUGGGGUUAUGGCUGUUUUCAUUCCGAGAAACACUAAAAUUCCGGUGAAGAAAGAGCAAAGUGAUUGGACUACUGUCAGAGAUAACCAAACCUCUGUUUGUUGUAAAGUCUAUGAGGGGGAAAGAACCCGAACCACAGACAACAACUUGCUUGGCGAAUUCACAUUGACUGGAAUUCCUCCGGCUCCUAGGGGUGUCCCGAAAUUCAAAAUCUGUUUUGAUAUUGAUGCUAAUGGUAUUGUCAAUGUGUCUGAAGAGGACCAAACUACCGGACAAAAGAUGAUGGUCACGAUCACAAACGCUAAGGGUAGGUUGUCAGAGGAGGAGAUUGAGAAAAUGGUGCAGGAGGCUGAGAAGUACAAGUUGGAAGACAAGGAGCACAAGAAGAAAGUGGAGGCCAAGAACGCGUUGGAGACUUACGCUUAUGACAUGAGGAACACUAUUAGGGAUGAGAAGAAAGGAGCUAAGAUUCCUCUGGCUGACAAGAAGAAAAUUGAAGCUGCAUUUGAGCAGGUGAUUCACUGGUUGGAUGAGAACCAGCUAGCGGUGACGGAGGAGUUUGAGUAUAAGAAGAAGGAAUUGGAGGGAAUUUGCAACCCUAUAAUUGCGAAGAUGUACUAGGGUGCUGGUGGUGGUAUGGGUGGAGGAAUGGAUGAGGAUUGUCAUUUUGGUGGUGGAAGCGGUGCUAGACAAGAUUGAGUAAGUUGAUUAUGAUGUUCCAAUCUUUAGUUUUUGGGUUUCAGUUAUUCCUCCGUGUCCUCUGCAAACAAUGUACAUUUAGUACCUUUUGGGUAUUUUCUCUUUAGUAUUUUUUUUGUUUUGGAUUUUUGGUUUUGCUUCAUGCAAACUAUUUUCUGGUCUUUACUAUGUCAUGGCCUGCAACUAGAUGGUGAAAGUGUUAUCUUCGUUGUUUUGGCCUGUAAAAUUUUGGGAUUACUGUUCUUCUUCAACGAGUCUUUGUUGGUUCUUUGGUGGG